UAAUAAGAAAAGAAAAGGGUGAGAUUAGAAAGAAAGAAUGGGAAAUAAUAAUAAAUAUUAUUAUUAUUAUGUAGUUAUAAAUGUUGUGUUUAUUUUUGGAAUUAAUGUUGUAAUUGGAAGAACUGUAGAGAAUUCCAACACAUCAACCAUUUCCUCCGGUUCUCCUCUCAACCGGAAUUCUUUUCCGAAGGCUUUUCUCUUCGGAACUGCUUCAGCUGCUUACCAGUAUGAAGGUGGUGCUAAAGAAGGUGGUAGAGGACCAAGCAUAUGGGAUAUUUUCACCCAAACAUACCCACAGAAAAUUGAUGACAAAAGCAGUGGCAUGAGAGCCGUAGAUUCAUAUCAUCGUUACAAGGAAGAUAUUGGUAUUAUGAAGGAUAUUGGAUUUGAUGCAUACAGAUUUUCCAUCUCUUGGUCUAGGGUUUUACCAAAUGGAACAUUAAAGGGAGGAGUGAACAAAGUUGGGAUUAAGUAUUACAAUGAUCUUAUUAACCAAGUCAUCUCCAAAGGAUUGCAACCAUUUGUGACUUUAUUUCAUUGGGACCUUCCCCAAGGACUAGAAGAUGCAUAUGGAGGUUUUUUGAGCCAUAAAAUUGUCGAUGAUUUUAAAGACUAUUCAGACUUAUGUUUUAAAGAGUUUGGCGAUAGAGUGAAGAAUUGGAUUACACUAAACGAGCCAUUUUCUUUCACAACUCACGGGUAUGAUUCUGGGACUUUUGCGCCGGGAAGAUGUUCGCCGUUGUACGUUGCUAACAACUGCAGCGGUGGCGACUCGAGCACAGAGCCUUACUUGGUUGCCCACAAUCAACUUCUUGCUCAUGCAGCUGCAGUUAACCUUUAUCGAACCAAAUACAAAUCUCAAAAGGGUAAAAUUGGAAUUUCACUUAAUGGUGCAUGGAUGGUGCCCAUUAACAAUUCUUUAGCAAAUAAAGAAGCUGCUGAACGUGCUCUUUCCUUCACCUUUGGUUGGUUUAUGGAGCCACUAAAAUCAGGAAAUUACCCAAGUGUAAUGGUAAAAUAUGUGAAAGAAAGACUUCCAAAAUUCACAAAAGAAGAAUCUUCAAUGGUGAAAGGAUCUUAUGAUUUCAUUGGAUUGAACUAUUAUAGUGCCAAGUAUGCUCAAAAUGCUACUUGCUCUCCUAAUCAAUUGGGUCUCAGAUUUUCUACUGAUUCUUGUGUUGAUCUUACUUUUGUGAGAAAUAACAUUCCAAUUGGUCCAAUGGCUGCCUCACCUUGGCUAUAUUCAUAUCCAAAAGGAAUGGAGAACAUUGUAAUGUACACAGUGAAGAAACUCAACAACCCUGUUAUUUAUAUAACAGAAAACGGAUAUUCAGAACUUAACACUGGAAAAUUUUCCAAGCAUGACAACAACAGAAUCAAAUAUUUUGUGGAUCAUCUUUCAUCCCUUCAAAGGGCCAUAAAGAGAGGAGCUAAUGUGAAGGGGUAUUUUGCAUGGUCAUUGUUGGACAACUUUGAAUGGGCUGAUGGCUACACCAUUCGAUUUGGCAUUGUCUAUGUCGACUACAACCAUGGUUUGACUAGACGCCUUAAAGACUCUGCUACCUGGUUCAAACAACUUCUUCACUAAUGGGUAGAGAAAUUUUUGAUUAAAAGGGUAAAAAAUCUUUCGAUUUAGCCUAAUCAAUCCAAUCCGAUCGACUGUCUUAGUUACCAAGUUACAAGAGCAUGUUUGUUCGUGUCAUAUUUCAUUCAAAUUCGAAUAUAGAUAGUGUUGCUCCAGCUCAAACCACGAUUAUGAAUUUUGUUGUGUCGAACCAAGAUUAUUAGUCUUGAUGAUCGGACUCUUGUGCAUUUACAAAUCAUGUCGUGUCGUGUCUCAACCCGGAUUGUGACAUCCAUGUUAGCUCAUAAAGGCUUGUCUAAUUUUUUAACAUCUAAAAAAAAUAACAUUAUGACCAUAUUUCAAAAAGAAGAAAAAAAGAUAAUAACAUUAUCACCAAUAACCACAACAAUCAUUUACACCAAUAGAGGGGAAAAUAAUUAUGUUACAAAGGGAUCGAAAACCCGCCUUUCUUUUACAUUUUUCGGUCUUCAUAGAUGGAAAACAUAAUUAAUGGUUUGAUAGAACUCAUGAGAAGGAACAAACGGAACAAAAUAAAAAGCAAGUUGUGAAUCGAAAAAAUCAAAACCGGUUUAUUCAUUUGAUGAUUCCCGGUCUAUUAGCUCUAACUUUAGACCUAGUGUGGUGUACCUUCUUUGGUACAUCUGUUGUUAAUGCAUACAUCUUUACAGCAAACAGCUCCUCGGGUAACCCCUUCUGAUCCUGAUCAAUCAACAUAAAAAUAAAAA